CUUCGAGGCAGAAUGGUUGUUUAUUGCAGUGUUGGACGGCCGGUCUCCAGCGCGGAUCGUCGUGUGGAUUAUUAUUAUUACGCGUAGCGGAACGACGUGUGUGGUCCUCGUGCGCGGGGAGUAUCGCGCGUAUCUUAGCGCACAUCAUCACUACUACUACUACUACCACCACUACCACCGCAGCUCGUGUUCACAAAGCCGGGAGCAGAACUGGGUUCUCUGGUUUCUCCUAGACGCAAGUAAGACUCGGACAGUCGCGCGCCCUUUGGAAAGCUCGGACUGCGUGCAGCAUGAGGUUGGAGUUGAGGCGUCAGCUCGGCGUUCGCUCCGCCGGGGAGACGUGGUGCGGGAGAAUCCAGGAGCGACUCGAAGGCUGAGAGCAUGCUGCGCGGUACCCCAUGGAGAAAUGGCCUGUAGGGUUGUGUCCAGCCGCGCCGCGCCGUCCUCCAGCUCCAGGUUCAGCAGCAGCAGGUUCAUGUUCAUCUUCACGCUCUCGCUGUCCUUCACGUACGUCUGCUACAGCGUGCUGUUCUGCUCCGCUCCGGUCAUGCCGAGCAGCCGGUUCGAGGAGCGCCGGUGCGCGCGCGGAGAGAGCGCCGGCGCCAAGAGUGCGUGCGCGGAGCCGAACUCGAGCCGGAGCGAGCUCGGAGCCACGGCGUCCCCGCGGCGCGCGGCGCUCAACCGGAGCGAGCAGGCGGGCGCGCGGGGCCCGCGCGCGCGCGGCGAAAAAUCCAAGCCGGGCAACGCGUCCAGUCUCGGCGCGAGCGCGCAGCGGUUCGGCAACAAAAAGCUCCCCAACGCGCUGAUCGUCGGCGUGAAGAAGGGCGGCACGCGCGCCGUGCUCGAGUUCAUCCGCAUCCACCCGGACGUGCGCGCGCUCGGCACCGAGCCGCACUUCUUCGACCGGAACUACGACAAAGGCAUGGACUGGUACAGAGGCCUAAUGCCGCGGACGCUGGACAGCCAAAUCACCAUGGAGAAAACUCCCAGCUACUUUGUAACGCGCGAAGCUCCGCGCCGCAUCGCCACUAUGUCCCAAGAGACCAAACUCAUCGUGGUGGUGCGAAACCCUGUGACGCGAGCCAUCUCCGACUACACACAGACGCUAUCCAAAAAGCCAGACAUUCCCAGCUUUGAGGAGCUCGCCUUCAAGAACAGGAGCCAGGGUUUGGUGGACACGUCGUGGAAUGCCAUCCGCAUAGGCAUGUACAUCCUGCACCUCGAGAACUGGCUGCAGUACUUCCGGCUCUCGCAGAUCCACUUCGUGAGUGGCGAGCGGCUCAUCACGGACCCGGCCGGCGAGCUUGGGCGCGUGCAGGAUUUUCUGGGACUUAAGCGCAUCAUCACAGACAAGCACUUCUAUUUCAACCGAACGAAAGGCUUCCCCUGUUUGAAGAAGCCUGAGAGCAGCAGCACUCCUCGAUGCCUUGGCAAAUCCAAGGGCAGGACACAUGUCCAAAUCGACCAGGAGGUCAUUGAGCAGUUGCGUGACUUUUAUAGGCCUUUCAAUGUGAAAUUCUAUGAAACGGUAGGACACGAUUUCAGAUGGGACUGAAGCGGUACGCUUUCUUAAAUGAUGAAUGAGUCAUGGCAUCAAAUCUGUCAGUCAGAUCCGCCGCUCGACUGAAGGAGUGAGUGAAAACAGAAAACCUCAAAGGACACCUUAAACAAAUGAAGACCAAAUGCUCUUAAAAUAUUAAAUUAGCUUAUAAGCUGAAGCUGAAAGAUUCUACACAGGCGAAAUCCAUAGCUAUUCCUACUGUAGCUCAGGACACUGUGGCAUCCACGCGAAAUCCUUGCCUACGUUUAGGAUUGACACUUGCUCAUUAAAUCAAGGGAAUAACUGAGAAGCUGUCAUUUGGUUUCAAAGUACUUGUCAUGCACAGCACUGUGUCUGUUCACUGUCCUCCUGUUACUGUUUAAAAUACAAAAAGUGUGUCAUCUUGUUAUGAAACUGAAACCCAUCCAGCAUACGA